AAUUUUAAAGGUCUCUGACCUCAGUGGGUGAGCGGGUUGAACAGACAGCUGAGCCAGUGAAGUGUAACCAGGCCCCAUCACUGAGUAAUCAGAAGUAUCAUCUCAUGCAAGACAGUCUUGUUUUUUUUUCCUUCUCCUUCUGUAAAGCCAAUUCAAUUACGUCCAAGAUGUUCUAAUAUGGCUCUCUUCUCUUCCCCCCAGGAUUGCCAAUCUGACUGACCAUGGAAAGCUUGCUGCUGUGUGCGCUGGUGCUGGUCCUGGGCGUGACAGUGACAGCCCAGCUGUGCCCCAAGCGCUGUGUGUGCCAGAACCUAUCGCCCUCCAUCGCCAUCCUCUGUGCCAAGACAGGGCUCCUGUUCGUGCCGCCCUUCAUCGACCGCAGGACGGUGGAGCUGCGGCUGACGGACAAUUUCAUCACCUCCGUCAGGAAGAGGGACUUUGCCAACAUGACCAGCCUGGUGCACCUGACCCUCUCCAGGAACACCAUCAGCCAGAUCAUGCCUCACUCCUUCGGGGACCUGCGGGGCCUGCGAGCUCUUCACCUGGACAGUAACAGGCUGACCAAGCUGGUGGACGCACAUCUGAGAGGCUUGGUUAACCUGCGGCACCUGAUCCUCAACAACAACCAGCUCAAUGCCAUUUCUGACGGCUCCUUCGACGACUUCCUGGGCUCUCUGGAGGACCUGGACAUGUCCUACAAUAACCUAGAGACCUUCCCAUGGGAGGCCAUCUCCAAAAUGGUCAACCUCAACACCCUGUCCCUGGAUCACAACCUGAUCGAUCACAUUGAGGAGGGCACCUUCUCUGUGCUGCACAAACUCAGUCGCUUGGACAUGACGUCCAACAGGCUACACAAGCUGCCUCCUGACCCUCUCUUCCUCAGGACCCAACUGCUCGUGAAUACGCGAGGCUCGCACUCCUUCUCACUGGUGCUCAGCUUUGGGGGCAACCCUCUGCACUGUAACUGUGAGCUGCUCUGGCUCCGACGUCUGAUGCGAGAGGACGACCUGGAGACGUGUGCCUCCCCACCUCACCUGAUGGGCAAAUACUUCUGGUCCAUCGCUGAGGAGGAGUUCAUCUGUGAGCCUCCGCUCAUCACCAGGCUCCAGGCAACAAAGACAUUUGUCAUGGAGGGUCAGGGCGUGACCUUGAAGUGCAAGGCGGUGGGCGAUCCUGAUCCCUCUAUCCUAUGGAGCCUGCCCGAGGGCAAACUCGUCUCCAACACCUCCCGGACCAUCAUCUACGACAACGGCACCUUGGACAUCCUGAUCACCACCCUCAAGGAUAACGGCAGGUUCGCCUGCAUCGCCUCCAACGCUGCGGGCGAGUCUGCCACCAAUAUCACCAUCGGGAUAAUCCCGUUGCCCCACUUUGUCAACCUAACCCAGCACAUCAAGGUCCCCGACCCCGGCUCCUCUGACAUCAGCACCUCCAGCAAACCUGGCGCUCCCUCCAACUCCAGCGACACCAAGUCUACCCAGGACAAGAAGGUCACGGCCUCCGAGCUGACCACCACCUCAGCACUGGUGCGUUGGCCCUCGCAGCGCUCUAUCCCCGGCAUCCGCAUGUACCAGAUCCAGUACAACAGCUCGUCCGACAACACUCUGGUCUACAGGAUGAUCCCGUCCACAAGUCAGCUCUUCCUGGUGAACGACCUGGCUCCGGGCCGGGACUACGAGCUGUGUGUGUUGGCCGUCUAUGAUGACGGGAUGACCACACUGACAGCCACACGGGCUGUGGGCUGUGUGCGCUUCACCACGGAGCAGGAGUACACCCAGUGCCACUCUGUCCACACCCAGUUCCUGGGGGGCACCAUGAUCAUCAUCAUCGGGGGCAUCAUCGUGGCCUCGGUCCUCGUCUUCAUCAUCAUCCUCAUGAUCAGAUACAAGGUGUACAGCAGCGGCCUGGGCGACAGCAAGGCUGUGGGCACCAACGUGUACUCACAGACCAACGGCAACGGCAGCCACAAUGGGGCCCUGGACAGGUCCUGCUCCAAGCCGGAGGGACCAGGUGAGUCGGUGCCUGAGGCAUUGGUUGAGUUACCCGACCAGUCGCAGACGGUUGUUUUAAGCGUGAUGUGUGAGAAAGCUGGUGGGGCUCACACCACCGCCAGCGCCACCGCCUCUUUACCGCAGGCACAGAGGAGGCGGGUACAGCCGGGCGCGACAGGACAGCACCAACACCAGCAGCAGCUCGAGCCACAGACGUCAUCAGAGGAGGGACACACAGAAGCAAGCACGACUGACUCCAGCAUGUCGGUCUGCCUGAUUAGCUCGAGCCGGGGCACUCUGCCUGGCCGGGGGAAACCGGCUAAAUUAAGCAAUAUAUCUCUCCUGCCCCGCGAGAUAUCGAGAACCCAACAUAGACACUCGUUUGAUGGAGAUUAUUCUCUGUUCCAGAGCCACAGUUACCCAAGGCGAGCCCGGACUAAGCGAAGCCUGACCGGCAGCGGGCAGCAGUUACACUGUGAGGACCGGAGAGGCACAUUCAGCAGCACUGAGUGGAUGCUCGAGAGCACCGUGUGAGCUACGCCAACAGGACAUUACUGAGUCCAGCCCUCCACAUUGGCACAUGCCAACGCUACACAGAGGAGCCGAACACUUGUGGUUGAUUCCCCACCCCGUCAUCCCCAACUCCCCUCUCCACCGAACAUCUGUAGUGGUGCCUUUAAACUGCUGGCUUGCAGAAUCUAACCCGGGACUAGACUGACUACACAUGCCUGCGAGAGAGGAACAGGCAGCUGCGGGGAGGGAGAGAGGCUAGACCCCAGCUCUCUCUCUGAUAUCUAGGUGGUUUUCCUUCUCUUCUACCCCCCACACACACAUCCACAGCCCCUCCCCCGACCGGACCACCGCCCCUCCUCUGACCCUUCACAGAUAUAAGCAGGAGAAGCUCGGUGAAUUGUUAACUGAUGUGAUCCCGGGACAGGAUAGGGACAGGGACAGGGGAGCACAGGAUGGAACAGCAUGGGACGGGUGUUUUAGGACAUCCACAGUACUGUUGCCACAAGACUUGUUGAGACCAGAAUAAAGAUCCACUGGAAACGUGUGAGAGCAAAAGGGCGGCGCUGGGUGACGGGAGCAAGCCAGGGUUCCUCAUCCCCACAACACGUACCAACCCAGUGAUUCCCCCGUUUAAUAAUGUACAGUAUCCUGCUGGUCUGGAUGAACUUCUGUGUCUGUGUAAUAUACAUAUAUCUCUCUAUACAUCUUUAUACAGAUAU